GCUGGGAACGAGGACGCUGUGGAGGUCUAUGUGAACUUCACUGGUUUCAUGUGGGAGCUCGGUAGAGAAAUGAAUGCCCUCCUUAUCUUUGCUGAGCAUCGAUAUUAUGGAGACAGCCAGCCACUGGGCCCCAGCAGUCUUGACAGGGACCCGUCCUACUUGUCCAUAGAGCAGGCGCUGGCAGACUUCGCGACGCUCAUCUACCAUGUUAAGGAGAAGCAUGGCGCGCGCGACAGCCCCGUGAUCGCAUUUGGCGGCAGCUAUGGCGGAAUGCUGGCAGCAUGGCUUCGCGCCAAAUACCCCAAUGCAGUGCAGGGGGCCAUUGCCGGCUCUGCCCCGGUGGGAGCGUAUGUGGUCACCUAUGAUGCCAGCCCAGAGGCGGGCGCAGCAAAGCACUGCCGGGCGAACGUACACAGCUUCUUUCAGGAGCUGCUGGCAGACAAGGAGCGCGCCAGCUUCUGGCAGCAUCUGGCAGAUGUCUUUAGACUCUGCCUGGCCCCAGAGAGCGGCAAGGAUGUGGAGAAUGUAGCUUACUGGGUCCAGGGUGCAUUUGAUUCCUUUGCCAUGGGCAACUACCCCUACCCCAGCACCUACAUGGGAGGCGCUCUGCCAGCCUGGCCCAUGCGCGCAGCAUGCGAUCACCUCGCCGAUGAAAAGCCCAGCAAGGAAGACCUGCUUCAGGGCAUGGCGGCGGCUGUGGGGCUGCUCUACAACGCCACAGGAGACGCGCCCUGCUACAAUGCGACACAGCUGGUGGGGCCGGCUGGCCCAGGGGCGACGUGGAUGUUCCAGUGGUGCACCGAGCGGGCCGGCCAGGAGCUGCCUUUCUACCCCGCCACCGGUCGCACCGACAUGUUCUGGGAUCAAGGUAUAUAA